GGCAAGCCUUACAAGGCCGUGCACCAACUCAGAAAAAGUCCAAAGGAGUCCGGAGUGUGGAAUCUCCUACUGCGAGAGCGGUUCUCCUCCGGGUGCUGAGCAACAAGCAGAACAUUUUUUCAUCAUGAACACAGAAAAACUUCCUGAAUUUACCACCCCAGAGGAAAAUGGGAUGGACGUUUGCAGUGAUGUUGCAGACGUGAAGCCACAGGAGGAGGAGGAAGAGAGGGAGGAUAACUCAUUCAGUGAGAAUGGAAUGGAGUCUGCUGAAGGUGUGACAGAUCCACGUCCGAUAAAGGCCGAGGCAGAGGAGAUGGAAGACAACGAACAGAGCCCUAAGGCUGAAAAAGAAAGAGAGAUCGUGCCAAAAGAAGAAGCAGAAGGGGCCAGUGAGGAUGGAAUGGAGGAAGGAUUUGAUGAUCAGAGGACAGAGGAGGACGAUGAUGAGGAGAGGGAUGUGGAGGGGGAUGAAGAGGGAGAUACCCUGAAUGAACCACAGGACCUGUCACUGGUGGAUUACUCCCGUUACGACAGUGCGGCCCUGCCAGAUGCCCACGUGGCAGCGACGGCUGAUGCAGAAGAAAGUUAUGCAUCUGGAUCAGUGCCCCCCCGCAUCGGGCAGGCGUCAGGCAAGCUCAACUGUGACAUCUGUGGCCUGUCCUGCGUCAGCAUCAACGUACUGCUGGUGCACAAGCGCAGCCACACGGGUAAGCACAGGAACACAACCCGAACACCUGACCUCAAACACGACAGUUGCGCAACCAUCUCUCUGAUGAUAUCAUGGGGAGAUAACUCGCAUUGACUAGGUCAAGAUGUU